AUGGCUUCUGGUUAUUCUUGCAACGCUUGCAAGCAUACUUGGCGACGUGACAGUGAUCUCACUCAGCACUACCUGAAAACGCCAAAUCCUCGCUGCCGCAAGGAAGCAGAUGCUCUCAUUGCCAAACUUUGCAUAAACCGUUCUUCCCCACGUCGGAGUCUCCUGCGGCGCCGUCUGCCUCGACAUCUAUCUCCUAUGCCUGCUACCGUAGAUGAUGAUUCGGCUAGGCUCAUAGAGCAACCUGUCUACAAGCCUGACCAGGUACCACCUAUGCGUUUUGUCGGUGAUUUUUUUGGGCAGGACUAUACUACAGAAGACUUCCCAGGACUUGAGGAUGUUGAGGACAACAGCGACGAUGAUGAAGGCAAUGAUGACGACGAAAGUAAUGAUGAUGAAGGCGAAGUAGUUACUACGGAGCUGCAAUGGGAGCCUGAGCGUCAGGUACAAACAUGCCAGAGUCAUGAUGAUAUGGUUAUUGAUCCUCCUAUCACCAAUGCCCCUCAUACUUCCAAUCCUCUCCUACGCAGUCUACCCUCUCAUCGGGAUGGUAUCCAUAUACAAAGAUUUGGGGGCCAGGCAGGUGCUCCGUUACCUACUUCACAGCCUCAUUAUUUGAGUUCCCAAAAAUCCGAUCCUGGUUUUCAGCAAUAUCAGUCAUCCAUUGUGGACAGCGAAAGUAAUAUAUGGGCUCCAUUCACCUCAAAGUCUGAUUGGGAGAUGGCUUGUUGGGCUAAGAUUCGUGGCUCUGGCUCUACAGCUUUUUCAGAGUUACUUUUGAUUGAUGGUGUUAUUGAGGCUCUGGGCUUGUCUUAUCGGAAUAGCGAUGAUUUGAAUAACAUCAUUGACAACGAACUACCUUCGAAUCGGCCAUCAUUCACUAGGGAGGAGGUUGUUAUCGCUGGUCAAGCCUUCGACUUUUACAAGCGAGACAUUCUAGAGUGUAUUCGGGCUCUUUAUGGCAAUCCGGACCAUUGUCAAUACCUUUGUUUUACUCCCGAAAGGCAUUAUGUAGACUCCAACAACACUAUGCGCCUUUAUCAUGAUUUUAACACCGGAAAAUGGUGGUGGAACACUCAGAAGGCCGUUGAAGCAGACAAACCAGAUGCAACAAUCUUCCCUGUGAUCAUCUCCAGUGACAAAACACAGAUUACACUCUUCCGAAAUAAGGCAGCCUACCCUCAGGGCCAAAUCCUUCUGGCAUAUCUACCAACUAGUUGUCUAGAACACAUUCGGAACAAAGCUGCAUAUCGUCGGACCAUUGCAAAUCUUUUCCACGCUUGCCUCAAGGAUCUUACAGCUCCGCUUUGCAAAGCAGGGCUUGAGGGCACCGUGAUGACUAGCGGUGAUGGACUACAACGCCGCUGUCAUCCUAUCCUUGCUGCUUUUGUCGGCGACUAUCUGGAGCAAAUUCUGGCCACUACAGCAUACUCAGGUGAUUGUGCCAGCUGCGAUGCUGAGAAGAAGGACCUUGGAAUAUAUCCUUGUAUUCACCCAUAUAGAGAUAUCGAAGCUGUUUUAGAGGCUAUCCAUACAUCAACCCCAGACCUUUGGGUUGAGAAGUGCCUCGAAUGUAACGUCAAACCCAUUCAGCAUCCAUUCUGGGAAGACCUUCCGUACACCAAUAUCUUCACUUCGAUUACUCCGGAUAUUCUCCAUCAGCUAUACCAGGGUGUUAUGAAGCAUCUGAUUUCAUGGGUAACCGAUAUUUGUGGUGCAGAUGAGAUUGAUGCCCGUGUUCGUCGACUCCCACCCAACCACACUAUCCGAACAUUUCACAAAGGUAUCUCCACACUAUCCCGUGUGAGCGGGACUGAGCAUAAACAAAUGUGUUCAUUCAUCCUUGGAGUUGUCACGGAUAUACCUCACUUAAGUAUUCAUCAAUCUGGUACCUUGCUUGCUGCUACCCAGGCUCUCCUCGACUUCCUCUAUCUCUCAUGCUACCCCAUCCAUACUACUGAAUCUCUAUCCCAGAUUGAUGAAGCGCUCGCCCAAUUUCAUGCUCAUCGUGGAGUUUUCGUCGAACUUGGGGUGCGGAAACACUUCAAUAUCCCAAAAUUACAUUUUCUUUGUCACUAUUCACGCUCUAUAACAUAUUAUGAAACAACCGACAACUACAAUACAGAUACCACUGAACGCCUGCAUAUUGACUAUGCAAAAGAUGCCUACCGAGCAUCUAAUCGCAAGGACGAAUACAUUCAAAUGACGCACUGGCUUGAACGCCGCGAAAAGAUCAUGCACCACACAAACUACAUCUCUUGGAGGCUUUCCCAAGUCUUAAACUCCCCAUCCUCAGAGCGUAGCUCCCAUCCUACCCCAAUUACUCUUUCCUCUGAUUUCGGCAAACGGUAUGACUUCCCUGGUGCACAACGGACAUUACUGGACAUAAAAUGCAUAUACACUCAGAAACUCACUCGUUUCUCUUCCAUGAGAAGAGUUCCGCUUUCCCGGCUUGAAGAUACCUGUAGUAAUGGUUACUGUGCAGUCCAAUUCACGCAUGUUUUGAAACGGUUCCUUGUUCAGUAUCGCUAUCCCAAUAUUCCAAUCAAUCAAAUUGAUGAGUGGGCACGAUUUGUUGUUCUCCCAUUUUCUUUGCUUCCAGUCUGGCACAAACUCAAAUUCGUCAACACAGAACUAUUUAGCAAGAAAACACUUGAUUCAUUCUCAGCUCAUCCUUCCUCUUCCAAGCGAUCCAACAAAUCAAUAAAACCUUCACGCUUUGAUACUGUUCUUGUCAGGCUCAAGCAGGGAAAUGAUUGGACCAAAGAUAUGAGAGUUGGCAGAGUACGCGUAAUAUUCUCACUUCCUUCUGACAAACUCGAUACACUGGUACCUUCUGAUAUCCCUCCGCCGCAACAUCUCGCCUACAUUGAGUGGUUCACCAAGUUUGUAGCUCAUCCUGAACCAUAUUCGGGCUUGUACCGGGUUAGGAGAGACGUUGGAGCUGAUGGCUUAUGUACUGCAUCUAUCAUUGCCCUCGACAGCAUUGUCUGCAGUGCACAUCUAUUCCCGCAGUGGGGUGGAUCAGUACCCCCGGAUUGGACAAGCCAGACAAUAUUGGACCAUGCCUCUUCAUUUCUACUGAAUAUUUUCAAGGACGAGCAUGCAUACUUCAACUUAUCAUAA